GCGCCGGGUAGCGAAGCGAGCGGACUCGAAACUUUUCCUCUUUAAGAAAAAAAAGUUGUGCGCGGCUCAGAGUGGUUUUUUUUUUUUUCCUCGCCUUCUUUCCUCGUCUCCCCUCCCCCUUCUUCCUUUUGAAAGUUUUUUUUUUUUUUUCCCCCGAGUUUGACCGCAUGGCUGAUUCAACUUCAGUGUCAAUCAACUUUUUUUCCUCCUCUUCCUCAUUUAAAUAAGUUUAAACUCCUCCUCUCCCGAGCUACUAUAAAUUUGGCUUCGCGCGCCACAGCCAGAGAGAGUCAGAAAGGCGAGGGGCCCCGGGAGCAGGCGUGUGGGACUCCAGACAGGAGAGCCGGAGGCUGCGCCUUCCCCGCACCGGGACUUCGCGACACACCAGAUCCUCGUCCCUGCCCCGUGCGAGCGCCCACGAUGACCACCACGCUUGUGUCUGCCACCAUCUUCGACUUAAGCGAAGUUUUAUGCAAGGGUAACAAGAUGCUCAACUACAGUACUCCCAGUACGGGGGGCUGCUUGCUGGACAGGAAGGCGGUGGGCACCCCUACUGGUGGGGGCUUCCCCCGGAGGCACUCGGUCACCCUGCCCAGCUCCAAGUUCCACCAGAACCAGCUCCUCAGCAGCCUCAAGGGUGAGCCAGCCCCAGCUCUGAGCUCUCGGGAUAGCCGCUUCCGAGACCGCUCUUUCUCAGAAGGGGGCGAGCGGCUGCUGCCCACCCAGAAGCAGCCUGGAAGCGGCCAGGUCAACUCCAGCCGCUACAAGACGGAGCUGUGCCGCCCCUUUGAGGAGAAUGGUGCCUGUAAGUACGGGGACAAGUGCCAGUUCGCACAUGGCAUCCAUGAGCUCCGAAGCCUGACCCGCCAUCCCAAGUACAAGACGGAGCUGUGCCGCACCUUCCACACCAUCGGCUUUUGCCCAUACGGGCCCCGCUGCCACUUCAUCCACAAUGCUGAGGAGCGCCGCGCCCUGGCCGGGGCCCGGGACCUCUCCGCUGACCGUCCGCGCCUCCAGCAUAGCUUUAGCUUUGCUGGGUUUCCCAGUGCCGCUGCCACCGCCGCUGCCACGGGGCUGCUGGACAGCCCCACGUCCAUCACCCCACCCCCCAUCCUGAGCGCCGAUGACCUCCUGGGCUCACCCACCCUGCCUGAUGGCACCAAUAACCCCUUUGCCUUCUCCAGCCAGGAGCUGGCGAGCCUCUUUGCCCCUAGCAUGGGGCUGCCCGGGGGUGGCUCCCCGACCACCUUCCUUUUCCGGCCCAUGUCUGAGUCCCCUCACAUGUUUGACUCUCCCCCCAGCCCUCAGGAUUCUCUCUCGGACCAGGAGGGCUACCUGAGCAGCUCCAGCAGCAGCCACAGUGGCUCAGACUCCCCUACCUUGGACAACUCAAGACGCCUGCCCAUUUUCAGCAGACUUUCCAUCUCAGAUGAUUAAGCCAGGGUAGGGAGGGUCUCCCUACCCACUCCACUACCCCACCCCAUUUCCACAUCCCCUACCCUCACCUCCCUGUCCUACCCUACAAACCCCUACAUUAACAAGGUUAAGCUCAACCCCUUUCCCCUAGAACCUUGGAAUGCUCCUCCCUAUCCUCCCUUUUAACCCCCUAACAUAAGGACAAGUCAAUUUGUCAGUAGCUUCCUCUGGCUUGAAACCCCCUCCCCUUGAUUUUAUAGCCCACUUAUCAUGCAUAACAGACAAGUCCCAUAUUUGUCAGUAGAUGCCUUUUUUCCGGCUUAAGCCUUAAGUGCCAAAUCACAAAAGAAAAAGCAGUAACAGUUUACAGAAGCAACUUAGUGCCUUGUAAUCUAACUUUGUCACUGUGACUACAUUACCUCUUCAGCGCCAGAGGGCACCCGUGGGCCUCCCAGAGCCUCUGCCCAUGGGGAGGGGGGAGGGGGGAAGGGGGGACCCAGACCAGCAGCUCCCUCCACUGGCGAUACAACUGCACCUUCCCUUAUUUCAGUCUCCCACACAUUUCCUCCUCCCCUCCCCAGUAACCCCCCCACACCCCCUUGGGAGAGUUGUUGCCAGACUUGGGUUUUUGGGGAAACCUAUCUUGACAUUCAAAACCUUUUUCUUCCCGACCUGAACCUCUGUUGACUAAUCUUGCCUGGGUUCGUGUAGGUCUGCAGGAGGGAAGACUGAAAAAGUGGAUGAAGAUUGUGACAUAAGUGGGACUUUGUGAUUUAAUUUUUUUCUUUUUUUUUUUUAAGUGGGGAGGAAGGGGAAGCUAGAUGGACUAUGAGAGACUUGAUUUUGGUGCUAAAGUUCCCCAGUUCAUAUGUGACAUCUUUUUAAAAAAAAAAUGACAAAAAAAAAAUGAGAGAAAAGC